AAAGUUGCAAGCGAUCACCUCAAGCUACUUGUAUCCCCGUUCAUAUCGUCACCGAAAGGUGAUAUAUGUCAUAACUUAAUAGCUGACCAUUAGGCACAUCCACAGCUCGAUUUGCGGAUAGAAGUUAUUAGGCAAACCAGAACCACAGCAGCCAAUGGGCUUGAAUGGCACGCAUUCGGAGCCAACAAUAUCAAACGAGACUUCCUCCAAAACAGAAGGUCACUCAAAUGCUGGCCAAGAUGUUGGGCCACCACCGAACAUGCUCGACGUUUCGGUGGGAGACGAGCUUGAGGCCUCUCCUUGGGCCAUGAUUGAAAGCGAUCCUGGGGUGUUUACAGAAUUGGCGGCCAAAAUCGGCAUUAAAGGGGUAGUAGUGGAGGAAAUGUUUGGACUUGGCGAAGAAUGUUUUGAACCUCUGAAACCUAUUUAUGGGUUGAUUUUCCUCUUUCGCUGGCGGGAUGCGGACACAAACGAGAGCGACGUGCGUGGAGACAUUGCAAAUGAUCUGUUCUUCAUGAACCAGGUCGUCGAAAAUGCAUGUGCUACACAGGCGCUGGUUAGCAUCGCCCUCAAUUGUGACUUUCUUGACAUCGGUGAGGAGCUAUCGCGCUUUAAAACUUUCACCCAAGAUUUUACCCCCGCGAUGAGGGGUUUGGCAUUGACAAAUAGCCAUCUGUUGCGAACAGCGCAUAAUUCCUUUUCAAGACAGACAGACCUACCCGUGCUCGACUAUCCUAUACCAGAAAUCCAUAAGAACCCCGGGUCCCGAAAGCGAAAAUUAUCAGAGACAGAUGAAGAUGCACCUUUUCAUUUCAUUAGCUACGUACCAGUCAAUGGGAUCGUGUGGGAACUGGAUGGAUUGAAACGAGCUCCAAAGAAGCUAGGCGAGGUACCUGAUGGCUGUAAUUGGAUUGAUGUCGUACAACCUGCAAUUCGAAAACGGAUGGAAAGAUACGAGAAUGACGCGGUAGAAUUUAGCCUAAUGGCGGUGAUUAAAGAUCGGAUUGAAACCUUGCGGGAAUUGCAAGAGGACUGUGCUCGUUCACUGUCUGCGGUUCGUGAGCGUCUGAGCCAUGAGGAGUCUGGACUGGGAAUUCAUCCGGACACUGCAAGUAGCCAUUUGAACGAGUUGAGGGACACUAUGACCAAGUUGGAAAGUCAGCAACGUGCAACCCAACGCGAUCUCGAAGAUGAGAUAGCAAAACGUGAAAAGUAUCAUGCGGAAAAUGUGAGACGAAGAUUCAAUUAUGGCCCGUUCAUUCGGAAAUACAUAGAAAUUGUGCAUCGAAGCGGAUUUCUUGAGGAUCUACUGAUCGCAUAAAAGCACAAUUUUGGGUCGAUCUGUAUAUAAACGAAUAUAAUUAUGAUAUUUUAGACUA